AUGGUAGUUCUUUUGGCACUCUCCCUCGUUAAUGGCUUCCCCUGCCUCAAGCUAGGAGAAACUUGUGGCUCUCAGAACAAAUGUGACGGUGGUCUUAAUUGUAGAACAUGUCCUGAAAAUGGGAACACUCGCUCUAGAUGCGUAAGGACCCAACCUAUAAUCCCUACUUCCAAGGUGAAAGGUUUGGCGUUCAACAGAUAUUCAUGGCUGACAACUCAUAACUCAUUUGCUCAAUCUGGCGUUAAAUCGGAAACAGGAUCAAUCAUUAUAACCACCACAUCGCAGGAAGACACACUAACUCAACAACUCAAUAAUGGAGUUCGUGGCUUUAUGUUAGAUAUGUAUGAAUUUAACGAUGACAUAUGGUUGUGUCACUCCUUCGGAGGCAAAUGUUACGAAGCGACGUCGUUUAAACGUGCUAUAAACGUGCUUAAAGAAAUUGAAGCAUUUCUGGCAGCAAAUCCAUCAGAAAUUGUGACCAUCUUCAUUGAAGACUACGUGUCAUCACCGACGGGGAUUUCAAAGGUGUUUAACGAUGCUGGGUUGACCAAGUACUUGUUUCCACUGUCGAGAAUGCCCAAAAACGGUGAAGAAUGGCCAACCGUCGAUGACAUGGUUCAGAAGAAUCAACGCUUGCUUCUUUUUACCUCUAAAUCAUCUAAAGAAGCUUCUGAAGGCAUUGCUUAUCAGUGGACAUACGUUGUAGAAAACCAAUAUGGAGAUGACGGAAUGGUAAAUGGUUCUUGUCCAAAUCGUGGAGAAUCUCCAGCUAUGAACACCAAAUCGAGGACAUUGGUUUUGAUGAACUAUUUUCUGAGUAAUGCUAAUGCAACUUCGACUUGUGCUCAUAAUUCGGCUCCAUUAGUUAACAUGCUGAAAACUUGUCAUGCUGCUGCUGAUAAUCGGUGGCCGAAUUUCAUUGCCGUUGAUUUUUAUAUGAGGAGUGACGGAGGAGGAGCCCCUGAAGCUGUCGACAUAGCCAAUGGUCACUUAACCUGCGGAUGUGACAACAUUGCCUAUUGCAAGGAAAAUGCCGCAUAUGGAACAUGUGAUGUGCCUCCAAUUUCUCCACCGCCACCAGCGGCUGCUCCCCCGGUCGCCGUUGUAAAAAAGGCAGAGCCACCGACGGAGGAAGAAUUUCAUGUGGACACCCCUCUCAAGUUGCUGAAAUUUUUAUGGGUUUCUAGACUAUAUGUCUGGUUUCUAACUAGCUACUACAUGGACAUAGUUCUCCAUCUUUUUGUAUAA